AUGUUGAAGAACAUCACUAGAUCCUACGCCACUGCACCUGUUAAGGUCACCAGUACUUCUAGUACCCUCCUGUCGGCUCCAUUGGCAUCGGUUCGUAUUGUUGUCGCAAACGCAGGUUCCAAAGCAUCCCCUGCUGGCUUGGCUCACUUAUUGUCAAGAUCCAACGCUGUGGCCGACACAGACUCCAAGUCUGCCCUGCGCCUUCAUAGGGAAUCUGAGUUACUAGGUGGGCAAGUUCAGUCUAAGGUAACCCGAGAUUCUAUCAUUUUAUCUGCCACAUUUCUUAAGGAACAUGCACCGUUUUUCGUUUCUUCUAUUGCUGACUUACUCACCAAGACUGUAUACAAGCCCUAUGAGUAUGCAGAAAUUAUCAAGCCAGCAGCCUUAGCGGAUUAUAUCAUUGCUAAUGGCUCUUCAUCAUUUGUUGCUCUCGAGGAAUUACAUUCUAUUUCCUUCCGCCGUGGCCUGGGAAACCCUCUAUUAUAUGACGGAGUAAGCCAUUUCUCUCACGAGUCGUUGAAGGCCUAUGCUGCGCAAGUGUAUACGCGGGAUAAUAUUCUUGUUACAGGGUCCAAUUUGAAUGAGGCAGAUUUGAGCUCAUUUGUUGCAGAUUCUUCAUUUUCUGACCUUUCUGUUGGCAAUGGUCCUCCUUCUAUUCCUCAAAAACAAUUUUUAGGUGUUGAGUCUCGGAUUCGCCGUGUUGGUGCCACCACAGCUGUCUUAGGUGUCCCUUUAGACAUUUCAAAUCUUGCCUCUUAUCAACUGGUUGUUUCUAACCUGGUUGCUCGCGGCUUUGAUUCGAAAGUACUUAGUUAUGACAAUGGUGCGUUGUUUUAUGCUUCAGUUAGUGGUUCUACCAAGGAGGUCACCGCUCGGUUGAGAGAUCUCAAGAAGGCUCUUUCUGAUAUCACUAUGACCUAUGCCCACUUGGCCGCUACUCAAGUUGCCAGGCAGAGCUUGUCUGUUAAAAUAGAAGGAAGUUCAGCAGCUAACCUUUCUAAGACUAAUCUCGUUGUCGUUGGUGAUGUGGACGGUGUUCCUUACUUAGACGAAUUGUAG